AUGCUGCCCCUCAUCCCUGACGACCUCAAAUCUGCGCCGCACCAUACCCUCCCAUCCGCGACAGAGUGGCGAGGGACGAGAACAGCCCAAUCUACCCCAAUGCACAGUCGUGAGUCGUCUGCGGUCCGUGGCAGAGCGACCGACCCUUCCGCGCUAGCCCCGACCUUACAAGCCCGCCGCGGCCAUUCGGGCUCCAAAAGCCCCGACGUGUCAGCCGGUCGACCUGCAGGAUAUGACGCAGGAUUGGAAAGACGGCCGUCGAACUCGUACGGUCAUCACCGGCAGACCUCAAUAGUCCAUGGCAUGCAACAUUCACGGAAUCCGAGCAUGGCGGGUUCGACCGCUUCCAGUCCACUGAGCCCGGAGCUCAUCGCGUCCCUCGGUCGUGGUGCACCUGACGAUGCCGCCGUUUUGCCUUCAAAGCUCGAUCAGCUGGACACCCAUUCGAACCACCAAAGCCCGGCGGGGGCGUCGUCGACUUAUGGACCGCCGGGGACAUUGAGCACUAUUCAGGAUACCGACGCUGAUGAAAGGAUGGAUGGCAGUCCCGCAAGCCUUGUGCAUAAACGGAUGAAUUCGGGAGGGAAAUCAAGACGGGAUCGGUCUCAUAGUCGUUCGCAUUCGAAGCAUCAUUCCGAAUCCAAGACGGUGGGCGAGUAUGCACUACACCAUCUAUUCAACUCGUUUGUUGGUCAAGCCGACAGUAAGAUUAACCAGGCAAUAUUAAAGCUUGGAGAUUCGGAAGCUCCCGUGGAGGAGGUUUGCGGACCUGGAGCGGACCCGAAUUUCGAUCAAUUGAUUUCAGCGCUGGGACAUAUCGCAAGACUGAAACCAAAGCCUUUGAUUGAUACAAUCAUGCUAUGGCGAAAAGGGAAGGGAGAUGCGGCUAUCACUGCAAGGCAAAUGACAAACGAGCUGCCAAAGCCUGUGAUAACAGAGAAUGGGGUGCUCAUGCGCCGUAAUACGGAACCGACCCAGCCAGCCAUCGACUCAACUGCUCCUUCAGAAAAGCUACAGCCGUCUACGCCUUUCCUUGGCCGCCAUGACGACGUUGCGCUGGUCGAACGUCGUGCCACUGUCUCGGUAUACUUGGUGUGCAGAGUACUAAUUGAGAUCUUCAAUCAGAGUAGCUUGGCGUCAAUCACGGUUGAUAUGGCAGAUCGCCUGGAAGACAUAGUUUUUGGUCAGCUCAAAACAGUCGAUCCUGACCAGAUCUCCGCAUCCCCUCUGCGGAUGGCAAAUUGGCGGAUAUAUGGCCAAUUGCUGGGGAUAAUGAGCGAUGUGAACUUUACUAGCGUUGCGAAUCGCUUCCUGGUGGAGCUGGAUCGGUAUCAAAAGGAAGAAGCAAGUCGAGGCCCAUCGCGCGAGGGCGAUGCAAAAUCCGAGUUGCUCAUUCUGGGAAUGAGAUAUCUGCGCCUGCCGAUGGCCACGGACAGCUGGACCAAGGCCUGUGAUUUCAUGCGGUCACUGGCACGCUUGUUUGUGAAUGCCCAUGGGCAAAAGAUAAAGCAAGCAUAUUGUUAUGUGAUUGAGAAACUACUGCUGCCUGUGGCGGCCAACCCGGUCUGUGACCUCUCGCUGCCUCGGUGGAAGGAAUUUGUGGAUUUGGUCCAGUCUCGCUUGACGCAGCUCCUUACCAAACCUCGCCAUUGGAGUGCUGCAUUCUCUCUGAACGUGCUGUUGCUUUGCAUAUCCAAUAAGGAAACUUUUUCUUCGCAGUGGCUUUCGAUGAUAUCCAGUUUGCCCCCAAGGCUCAAGGAUCGUCCCACUCGCGCUCCGGCUCUACAGGCUAUAUGUCGUCUGGUUUGGACAUAUUUCUUCCGUUAUUCUGACUCCCCUACCACAACUCUCAAGAAAGUUGAGGAAGUAGUCAAAAUUGCGCUGCCAACAGGACGGAGGACUUACCUCACUGCUGAACCAGCCAUUGCCGACCCGUUAAUCCAACUGAUUCGUAUGAUUGGAUUCAAACAUCCUGACGUGUGUUUCCGGACAAUCAUAUUCCCUCUGAUCAACUCUGACCUGUUCUUGUCGGGCCGAGACCUGAAGAUUGAACAAAUGGAGCCAGAGAAGAUGGUAAUUGGAAUUCGGGCUUUCCUUGCGACGAUGUCAGAUCUAGAAACAAGUGACCAGCUCUGCCCUCCGUUCCCAACAGGCUCUCUUCCUAAUCCUUUCCUGGAUGCAUCUAGCCCAAUCUACUUCCAUCGUCCACAGCUGCUUGCUGAACCCAAGUUUGGCGUGGUCUCUGAGAAGUCGGACCCGUCUGCCUCUUGUCCGGUCAAUAUAUCGAGGCUUAGUGAUAAUGUCAAGGAAUACUACCUCCGCUUCUGCGAGGUUCUUGGCAAGAUUACUAUUCUUUGUGACAACACAUUCGGUGGCCAGGCAGUUUUAGACGAGAAAUUCGGUGGAACGACGCCGAAGACUCCCAUUACCGAGGCAUUUGGCUUUGGGCGUCGUGACGACCAUAUAAACACCCUGGAUCAGAAACAAGGAUUUUAUGAUCUUCUCCAUGUGGCAGUCCAAGCUUUACCUCGUUGUCUCUCAGACCAUAUACCGUUCAACUCCUUGAUUAACCUUCUCUGCACCGGAACUGCUCAUGUCCAGUCGAAUAUUGCUAGAUCGUCGGCAGAUUCGUUGAAGGCUAUUGCCCGACAAUUGCAUGCUCAGCAAGUAACCAUUGGGUUCGCAAGGUUUAUUUUUAAUUUUGAUGCCCGAUAUUCUACCAUGUCUGACGAAGGAAUGCUGGGGCCCGGCCACAUUGAAUCCACACUACGGCUAUACGUUGAGCUUCUGCAAAUUUGGAUUGAUGAAAUCAAGCAGAAAACCAAGGAAGCAUCCUCGGAUCAGCUUGAAAAGUCCAUUUCGGGUAGUCGAGCCCUGCAUCUUGAUCUAUCAAGUGUUCUUGCCCAUGUGGAGGAAAUCGAGUCUCACGGGCUUUUCUUUCUCUGUUCACAAUCACGACGGGUCCGCGCAUUUGCUAUCAACGUUCUGCGUCUCAUCACCGAGUUCGAUAGAGCUCUCGGUAAAGAAAACACGCGAAUAAUCAGAAUUCUGGAGGCCGAUUCUCAGCAGAUCUUGGACGUCAACGACGAGCAGCUCACUGUUGCUGAGAGGAGCCGGAUUCAAAAAGGCAAGAGGAGAAGUGCUUCGCAAAAUACGCUCAUUGAGCUGUGUAGCAGCGAGGUCUCAUACGACUCCACGCUGUGGGCUAAAGUUUUCCCGAAUAUCAUCCGGGUCAGCUUCGAGACAUGUCCGUUUGCCGUGACACUGGGAAGAGAGAUUGUCUGUGCACGCCUGGUUCAGAUGCACAAGCUUAUCUCGUCGCUUGCUGAAAGUACGAGGGUCACUCAAUACUCCCCAGUGGAUAUCUACCAGAGUCGUCCCAUGGGACGAAGCAAUAUGACAGCUGAGAUCCUGGUGGAGCAAUGGAAGCUUUAUCUUGUCAUGGCCUGCACAACGGUCACCAGUGUGGGUGCUCAAUCUCAGAGUCAGUUGGCGAAUGCCCAACUGCAUGCUCGUAAGACAUCCAAGGGAGCACAAGCACAAUCCCAGGAUAAGAUCAGUUCUGCACGGAGCCUCUUUGCAUUUGUGAUCCCACUUCUAUCGGCUGAAAGGGACUCAAUUCGGGCUGCUAUCGUGGUUGCGCUCGGGUCUAUCGCCAAGAAUCUCUACCGGACCCUGCUGGAGUCUCUCCAGUAUGCUGUGACAACAUGCAACGAAGAGGCCAAGAUUCGAAUUGGUACCCAUCAUCGUACGCCAAGCAGCCCCCGUCGAAAUCGUAAGACGGACCGCCUCCGUACCGAAGUAACUAACGUAUAUAAACUCACCUCCCACUUCCUUCGUGAGCCCGAUGUUUGUAACGACGACUGGAUUGUCAACAACCUGAUCACGUAUGCGAAGGAUCUCCGAAUUUUCCUGAGUGAUGCCGAGGUUCAAAAUGACUGGGAGUUCCAGCGUCUGCGAUUUCAUUACUGUGGUUUGAUGGAGGAGCUAUUCGAAGGCGUCAACCGAACCAAAGACCCCUCUCGCUGGAUGCCUUUUGAGUCUAGGAAAUCUGCUUUCUCACUCAUGGAAGACUGGUGUGGCUAUUCUCCCAACCAGGCCCAGAUUACUGAACGAGAAGAUAACAUGCGCAAAUUUGCCAUGGCUCAACCGCAUGACGGUGGUGAGAUGCGGAAUACCGCUGCUGCCAUGGAGAUCGAGAAGAAGAACCUCCGAGCAGCGGCUCUGAGUGCAAUGGCUUCUCUCUGUGCGGGCCCAAUUAGCAUCACCACUGAAAGUGGAUCUGUGCUUCAAUUCGAUGUCGGCCGCAUGCUCUCCUGGAUUGAUAUAAUUUUCAACACCAUUAGUGAUAAGUGGCAUUCAAUCGGCCGUCGUGCCUUGAAGAAUCUGAUCAUUCACAACAAGGAGCAUGCCUAUUUGAUUGAACGAUCUAUAGAGAUGUGCUAUGUGGCCGAGCGACCAAAGGCCCUUGAAAGCUAUUUUGAGGUUGUGACUGAAGUCCUGAUUGAGCACCCUGACUACCCGCUUCGAUUUUGGAGAAUCCUAGGUGCGGUUCUCGUAACCCUAGGCAAUGAGAAGCGCGAAAUCCGAAUGAAAUCGGCCAAGCUACUCCGCCGACUUGAAGAGCGUCACCAGAAAAACUCGCGUAUCCAAGACUUUGAUAUCAGCAUCUCGGAUAAAACCACAGCGGUAUAUAAGCUCGCUCAGUUUGAGACUUCGAAACGACUAGCGGUCCAGCACUCCGAUCUGGCUUUCACUUUGUUCUCAGAGUUUACUCAGCACUUCCGCAACCUUCGCGCUGACAGUCAACGCAAUAUGGUUGCUGCGAUCUUGCCAUGGGUUCAGACUAUGGAGCUGCAGGUGGAUCCCAACGGUGGUCCGACCGCAAGGUCUUACAUGCUCCUUGCCAAUCUCUUCGAAAUCACUAUCCGCUGCAGCACUAUCCUACCAAACCAGGUCCAGGCAUUAUGGCAGGCGCUAGCAACUGGCCCGCAUGGAGGCAAUGUUCAACUUGUUCUUGACUUUAUCAUCAGUCUCUGCCUGGAGCGAAAAGAGCAAAACUUUGUGGAUUACGCUAAACAGAUUGUUGUCUUCCUGGCAGGAACUCCUGCCGGUUCAAAGGUCAUUGAAUUUUUCAUGCUGCAGGUCGUCCCUAAAAACAUGGUACAGGAACGAAAGGAUCUCACGCCGCCGCCUCCUGACCUAGCCAGCUUGCCCUACGUUGCUGAUCUAGCAUCAGUACUCCCUGUGGGGAACAAACAAGCCGGUCUCUCACUUGGACAAGUGGCCCUUAUUUUCCUUGUUGAUCUUAUGGUGGCGCCCGUCACCCUGGCGAUGGCAGACGUGGUCAAACUUCUCCACGUGGUACUUAUUCUUUGGGAUCACUACACUGUGACUGUGCAAGAGCAAGCUCGUGAAAUGCUAGUCCAUCUAAUCCAUGAGCUCAUUGCCGCCAAGCUAGAGGACGAUGCACCUGCAGGCGCUCGGCAGUCGAUCGAAGAUUUUGUCGAGGCAAUUCGCAAGAGUGACCCAGUCGUUGUGUGGGAGUACGAGGAGAACAAUGGCAAAGACGAAGAAGUCGAUGAUCGCCGGGUACCGCCUUCGAUGGCUGCUGCUACUCGAGAUGUGAUUAAGUUCUUCAGUUACGCUUACGAGGGCGUUGGUGAACUUUGGGCUAAGGAGGCGCUGAACUGGGCAACCUCCUGCCCUGUUCGACAUUUGGCAUGUCGGUCAUUCCAAAUUUUCCGUUGCAUUUCGACAUCGUUAGAUUCACAAAUGCUAGCGGACAUGCUAGCCCGGCUUUCGAAUACUAUUGCAGAUGAAGAAACCGAUUACCAGACCUUCUCUAUGGAGAUUCUCACUACGUUGAAGAUCAUCAUCAGCUCUCUGGCCCCGGCAGAUAUUUUGCACUACCCCCAACUUUUCUGGACCACAUGUGCUUGUCUGAAUACCAUUCAUGAGAGUGAAUUUAUUGAGACACUUGGCAUGUUGGAAAAGUUCCUGGACCCCGUGGAUCUCAGUGACCCUGCUGUGGUGGAACAGCUUCUCGAGGGACAACCGCCUAAGUGGGAGGGUGGAUUUGAUGGUCUUCAGGACCUAGUCUUCAAAGGACUCAAAUCCUCCAAGUCAUUCAACCGUACGUUGGAUGUACUCCAUCGCCUUAGCGGGCUUCCAAACAACGCCCUUAUCGGAGAUGGAACUCGGCAGCUAUUCACGGUGCUAGCUAAUUUACCUUCCUUCCUCGAGUGCUUUGACCAGGAGUUUUCUGAUCCAAAGCCCAUCGCGCAUGCCAGCUUACUUGCUCGUGUGGCGGAGAAUGAAGGAUGUCCCCGACUCGCAGCGUCGUUGUUCGGUUUCGCCAACCAGCAAUACAAGACUGAGGCUGUUUUUCUCGAUCAUAUAGUAACGGAGAUCAAGUCCUACUACUUUCCACAGCUCGACUUCCAAUGCCUUAUCUUCCUUAUGGGCCUCCUCACGAACACAACGGAUUGGUUCCGAGUCAAGACCAUGAAAAUUCUUUGUGUCAUGAUCCCUGAGGUCGAUAUGCGCCGCAGCGAAGUCACUUGUCAUGGCCCCGAUCUGAUUUCGCCUCUGUUGCGACUUCUGCAGACCAACUUAUGUCCACAGGCCCUUGAGGUAUUGGAUAACAUCAUAACAGUCUCUGGUAAUCCGAUGGAGCGUCAUCACCUCCGUAUGAGUAUGGCAUCUGCGGCUUCGUCGCGUGCUAUACGCAAGGAGUACGAACGGAUCCAAAGUCUGUAUGGAAUUCCCGAACCCACAGGCUGGUCAGUCCCUAUGCCUGCAACACAGUCAACUAUUACUCGCAACAACGUUCACGCUGUCUUCUACACCUGUGCCGAGGCUGAGGAUAUGAACCGUCGGGACACCUUGACACCCGAUGUGGAAUUCCGUGCCGAUGAAUACAGUGACUCAUACUUCCCCAUGAGAGCCGAUACAAUGAAAUCGAUCGACACCCAGACCGACGGCAACAUUGGUGAUAUCGUCCAAAAACUGGACAGCUUGGAUGACUUCUUUGAAGAAACAGAGAUCAACGUUCCGACACUCAACGCGGUGGCUCCGCCAAUGCUUCGAGGAUUCACUGGUAGCUACGUGGAUACCAACGCCCACUUGUAUGACCAGCAAACAGCACCUAUCCUGCGCAAAUCCCUCGCUCGGACAGGCUCUACAUCCUCAUUUCACAACGGUCUUGCAGAAUCUCACCCGUCCAAGUUCCGCUUUGAUGCUCCUGGAAUGCCCUCUCCAGUCAGCGUUACCUCUCAAACCACCUCUGGCUCAGGCCUUCGACCCGCUUCCCAUACACGGUCUGUCACAUCGCCCGCCAACAACCUCUUCGUCCACACUGCACCGGGCUCUCACGGUACCCACCCAGUGGGCUUCGGUGAAUCAGCCUUCCUCUCCGAUGACGACAUUGAAGAGACACAAUCGGAUGUGGACGACCGCCCAACGACCGCCAGAAGAGCCCAUCCCCCAAUGCCACCAAUGGUCCGCAGCGCAACAGAGGGAGGGGGCUCACAUUCCAUCGAGUCCAUGAUCCGAAGCGGCAUGCGACGACUGACCGGUGGCGCAGCCAACAACCGCGAAAAAGAACGGCAACGCGAUCUCCUUCGCGCCCAACACCGUGCCAUGGUCCAGACAGCCAACUCUCCUCGUGUCCCCAAAGUACCGGAAGAGUAUCUUGCCGGCCCGACUAGCCACCCCACGUCUCCGAGGUAG